AUGAAGCUCCAGGUACUCUAUCUACUUCUCCUCAACACCUGGAUCGCCUCCGUCAACGCAGACUUCUUCCACUGCAUCUGCCAGUCAUGGUCAUUCCACACUAUCCGAUCCAAAGAGGCCUGUAUCUGGAUGAAGAACGAAUCCCUCCCCAAAGACCAAGUCACCAUAAGUCUGGUGGGUGAAAGCGGCCCUUGGGCGGGUGCCCUUACGUGUCGCAUGCUGAAUCCCGCCAAAUUUUGGGGUGCUCCCAUUUGUUGGGGACAGUAUGGCUACGACUGGCAUGAUUUCUGCAAGCCCGAGUGUAAGAACGACGGGAAGGACGCCGAGGACUGUAUCAGGACCUACCGGUCAAUCGCCUGA